GCACACAACCCAGGCAGCUGCAGCCGGAGCAUCAGCCCAGCCAUGUACCCUGAGGUUAGUGAACACCAAGUGCUAGACGCCUCUUACUUGGCCUCUCUUCUGGAAAACAGUACUUCUUCCUACGAUUAUGAGGAAAAUGAGAGCGACUUAAACUCCCUGCCCUGUCCACAGGACUUCAGCCUGAACUUUGACAGAGCCUUCCUACCGGCCCUCUACAGCCUCCUUUUUCUCUUGGGGCUUCUAGGCAAUGGGGCUGUGGCGGCUGUGCUACUGAGCCAGCGUGCAGCCCUGAGCAGUACAGACACAUUCCUGCUCCACCUGGCCGUGGCAGAUGCACUGCUGGUGCUGACGCUCCCACUGUGGGCAGUGGACGCUGCCAUCCAGUGGAUCUUCGGCUCUAGCCUCUGCAAAGUGGCAGGUGCCCUCUUCAACAUCAACUUCUAUGCGGGAGCCCUCUUGCUGGCCUGCAUCAGCUUCGACCGCUACUUGAGCAUAGUGCAUGCCACCCAGCUCUACCGCCGGGGCCUCCGGGCACACGUAGCCCUCACCUGCAUAGCUGUUUGGGGCCUCUGUUUGCUCUUUGCCCUCCCAGACUUCAUCUUUCUGUCAGCCAGUUAUGAUCAGCGCCUCAAUGCUACCCACUGCCAGUACAACUUCCCACAGGUGGGCCGCACAGCUCUGCGUGUACUGCAGCUGGUGGCUGGUUUCCUGCUGCCCCUGCUGGUCAUGACCUACUGCUAUGCCCGUAUCCUGGCUGUGCUGCUGGUCUCCAGAGGCCAGCGGCGCUUUCGGGCUAUGCGGCUAGUGGUGGUGGUGGUAGUGGCCUUUGCUGUCUGUUGGACCCCCUAUCACUUGGUGGUACUAGUAGACAUCCUCAUGGAUAUGGGGGCUUUGGCCCGCAACUGUGGCCGAGAAAGCCACGUGGAUGUGGCCAAGUCAGUCACCUCGGGCAUGGGCUACAUGCACUGCUGCCUCAACCCACUGCUUUAUGCCUUUGUGGGGGUCAAGUUCAGAGAGCAAAUGUGGAUGUUGCUCAUGCGCCUGGGUGGAUCUGACCAGAGGGGGCUGCAGAGGCAGGCGUCAUCUUCCCGUAGAGAUUCAUCCUGGUCUGAGACCACAGAGGCCUCCUACUUGGGCUUAUAAGUCUGGAAUGAGGGCUUCAGCCUGGCUCCCCUUGUGCUCCAGAUUUCAACCCCCAUUGUGUCUGGGCUGGCUCUGGCUCUCCCAUAACCUUGGCCCCUAGGACUCACUGGCAGCUCUGGCACCUCCAGCUCUCCUGAGAACCAUUUCCUAGCAAUGGGGGCAACAUCAUUAUUGCUCCUUAGCUGCCAAGUCCCAUCUUGCUAGCUCAGAGUGGGCUGCCUGAAGCCCUACUACCUUUCCAACUCAGCAAGUAAAAUUCAGCCCUCCCUAUGGGAAGGGAGUUUGAGGCAAACAGCAUAGGGAGACAGGCUCUAACUGAGCACUGACAAUGGCUGUGGUCCAUAACA